AUGUAUCCUUCCCGCGUUGGUUGUCUCAAGACCAAGCUAUCGUACGAUGGCGGCGACUGCUGCGAGUGCACGUGCGAGAGCGCUUGGAAUGACGACUACACCUGCAGCAGCGAGCACGGCAUCUUCAACUGCAAAGACCCGAACGCCUCCUGCUUCGGCGAAGAAACUACUGGGAGCGAUGACUUCAGCACCGACGACCAGCCAAUGUCGUACGAAUUUGUCCCCUGGGAAGAGACAGAGGCCCUGCCGACGGUCGACGGUGCUGUUGAGGUGGGCACCAAGACCGAGGUGGGCGUAUCAUCUACCGCCCACGACGUGCGGCCCGGCGACGACGGGUGCGGAGAGGUCGGCGGCCUUGGCUGCACGGCGGCCAACACCCGUGAUGGAAUUUUCUCCGAGAUCGAGUCGAGGUGGUCGUGCGCCACGAAGCUCGUGGAUGACGAAGGGCCGUGCCAGAUCGAGUUCACCUUUGCCGAACCCCAGACCAUUGUGGACAUCCAGGUUGCCUUCUGGAAGGGAAACGAGCGCACCCGUACCCUAGAGGUCUACAUCAACGGCGAGAUGACCCACACUCACGAGUCGUACGCCGAUGCCACCUUCAACACGCUCGGUGUGACGGCUACUGACGUCAGUACUGUGAUGCUCGAGUCCGUCGCUCUCCUCUCAGACGAAUGGAUCAGUCUCAUCGAGGUGCUCAUCUUCGUGACACCUUGAGUGAGUGGUGGAUACACCGGCUCAAGGCGAUUGAUUCCAUCACGAACCGAGCUUGGCCCUCGACGUGCGUGGGGCAACCUGUCGUUUGGAUGCUGACGAAAUUUCAUGGAACACUGUCGUCGAGAACGGGGUUUUGGGAACGAACGCGUAUCACGUAGGGACAUUGGGCCUGACACCCUCGCUGAUAGUCACCGCGUUUGCUAUCAAGCAUUUCUUCCUAUUUAUGCCUGACUGUGAUAGUGCCUGAUGGAGAAGCGCGGCCUCGUUUAUUGUCUCUGGCCCCUGCGGGCGUGUGUGUUUUCUUUCCGGAUGUUCCUUUUGUUUGCGUCCGUCUUAAGGUGUGUUUCUUCUCCACUCUUCCUUCAGGUUCAUGAAAAGCUGAGUAGAGAAUUGGCCGCAGAACGCGUUUGGUGUGUGCUUUUCGGAAGCGAUAGCUCCCCAUGUGGAGUGGCCACGUCAUAACAGUACGUCACAACAGCAAUCUGGCAGUUGGCAAGCGGCGGACCUCUCGGGUUGUUCGUGGUGGACUGCAGAGAUUCGUUUCCAUUUGACAGAUCUCCCGUUAAGACACACAGGCCAUUUCUGUCCGGAUUUGGGUAGAUCCGACUCUUUUAUUCUUACAUCGAAAUGUGAUUUUCGAGAUCUGAUUUCUACUUUGAAAACGACCCUAAGGGAUUCAAGUCGUGGCAGAAGCGACCCGGCCCCAUGGCGCGUAGGAGGGUUUCAACCACGUCGUCGCGAAAUGGUCACGACAUACAGGGUUUCUUAUCGUCGCCGAAGCAAACCCGCACGCGAAAUGGCUUUCUAUCCUUUCUUUCUUUCUCCACUAGGUUGAAUACGCCCAUUCGUGCGUGCCCGUUCACGUGACAAAGGGUUUCAAACCAUGCCCUAGGCUUUCCCGCCACGUAGCCCUCUUUAUGGCGGCGUGGUUUUCCGCUCGUUUCUUUGUCUCGGUGCAAACGUUUGAUGAUACGCAUACAUGCGCCCACAAGCAAG